AUGGGGCUCCCCGCCCUGGAGUUCAGCGACUGCUGCCUGGACAGCCCCCAGUUUCGGGAGACGCUCAAGUCCCACGAAGCCGAGCUGGACAAGACCAACAAGUUCAUCAAGGAGCUGAUCAAGGAUGGGAAAACCCUCAUCGUCGCGCUGAAGAAUCUCUCUUCAGCCAAGCGGAAAUUUGCUGAUUCUCUAAAUGAGUUUAAAUUCCAGUGCAUAGGCGAUGCAGAAACAGAUGAUGAGAUCUGCAUAGCAAAGUCUCUGCAAGAAUUUGCCACUGUCCUCAGGAAUCUGGAAGAUGAGCGGUUAAGGAUGAUUGAGAACGCCAGCGAGGUGCUCAUAACCCCACUGGAGAAGUUCCGCAAGGAGCAGAUUGGGGCUGCCAAGGAUGCCAAGAAGAAGUAUGACAAGGAGACCGAGAAAUAUUGUGGUGUUUUGGAGAAACACCUGAAUUUGUCUUCCAAAAAGAAGGAAGCCCAGCUUCAUGAGGCAGAUAGCCAGGUGGACCUGGUCCGGCAGCAUUUUUAUGAAGUCUCCUUGGAAUAUGUCUUCAAGGUGCAGGAAGUCCAAGAGAGGAAGAUGUUUGAAUUUGUGGAACCACUGCUGGCUUUCCUGCAAGGACUCUUCACUUUCUAUCAUCAUGGCUAUGAGCUUGCCAAGGACUUCAAUGACUUCAAGACACAGCUGACAAUUAGCAUCCAGAAUACAAGGAAUCGCUUUGAAGGCACCAGGUCGGAGGUGGAGUCGCUGAUGAAGAAGAUGAAAGAGAAUCCCCAUGAGCACAAGAAUAUCAACCCCAAUACCAUGGAGGGAUACCUGUAUGUGCAAGAGAAACGUCACUUUGGGACAUCUUGGGUCAAGCACUACUGUACAUACACACGGGAAUCUAAACGGAUCACCAUGGUUCCAUUCGACCAGAAAUCAGGAGGAAAGGGGGGGGAAGAUGAAUCAAUAACCCUCAAAUCCUGCAUCCGGAGGAAAACGGAUUCUAUCGAGAAGAGGUUCUGCUUUGAUGUGGAAGCUGUAGACAGGCUAGGCAUCAUUACCAUGCAGGCGAUAUCUGAAGAGGACAGAAGAUUGUGGAUGGAAGCCAUGGACGGCCGAGAACCGGUCUACAAUUCGAACAAAGACAAUCAGAGUGAAGGAACUGCCCAGUUGGACAACAUUGGCUUUAGCAUCAUCAGGAAAUGCAUACACGCUGUUGAAACCAGAGGAAUCAACGAGCAAGGGCUCUAUCGGAUUGUCGGCGUCAACUCCCGAGUUCAGAAGCUGCUCAAUGUUUUGAUGGAUCCCAAAACAACCUCCGAAAUAGAAGUGGAUAUCAGUGCAGAGUGGGAGAUCAAGACCAUAACCAGUGCCCUGAAGACUUACCUGAGAAUGCUCCCUGGCCCCCUCAUGAUGUACCAGUUUCAAAGAAGCUUCAUCAAAGCAGCAAAGUUGGAGAACCAAGAGUCUCGAGUCUCCGAGAUCCACACCCUCGUUCAUCGGCUCCCGGAGAAAAACCGGCAGAUGCUGCAGUUGCUCAUGAACCAUUUGGCCAACGUUGCUAAUAACCAUAAGCAGAAUUUAAUGACUGUGGCCAACUUGGGUGUGGUGUUUGGCCCCACACUGCUACGACCACAAGAAGAAACAGUGGCAGCCAUCAUGGAUAUCAAGUUCCAGAAUAUUGUCAUUGAGAUCCUGAUCGAAAACCACGACAAGAUAUUUAACACCGUGCCCGAGAUGCCUCAGACAAAUGCGCUCUUGCAUUUGUCUCGGAAGAGAAGCAAUGACUCAAAGCCACCAUCUUGCAGUGAAAGACCCUUAACACUUUUUCCCACAGGCCAGUCCACCGAAAAACAGGAGCAGAGGAACAGUAUCAUUGACUCUAGCCUGGAAUCUGUCAUUUCCUCCAAUGCCAACAGCAUCCUGAACUCCAACAGCACCCUCCAACCCAACCUAACCUCAGGUGACCCCGACUUGCCAGCAGUCAAACCCACCAGACCCAACUCACUCCCUCAGAAUCCAAGCCCAACUUCACCCCUCUCACCAUCCUGGCCCAUGUUCUCCGCGCCAUCCAGCCCUAUGCCCACUUCAUCUACGUCCAGCGACUCAUCCCCCAUCAGCUCACCACCCCGGAAAGCAAAAGCCUUGUACGCCUGCCAGGCAGAACAUGACUCGGAGCUGUCCUUCACAGCAGGCACCAUCUUUGACAAUGUUCAUCCAUCUCAGGAACCAGGAUGGUUGGAAGGAACCCUGAACGGAAAGACAGGACUGAUCCCUCAAAACUACGUGGAGUUCCUUUAACUCUGGGCCCCGGGAAGACCCCAGCCGAGCUUUACAUGGUAUCCAUGACAACUGCUGAUCAGUGUUGUAGAUUAUUGCUUUUCACCACUGGGAAACGCAAGGCGAAGUACUGUCCGACUACCUGUUGAAAUGAAUGUUUCUGUGAUUUCUGGUGUUACCUGUCUCCAUUAAGUCAUCUUUGGUGGUGGAUGACGAGGUUGCAGGAGUGAAUGGGGAGCAGAUUUGUAACUGGCCGGGGAGACAGUGGUGGCGCCUGCAUUUCGGCAACGCUGGGGAAAGACAGGCACAUUGGGCUGAGUAGCCGGGAUCUCAACUUGGAGCCAUUAGAGGGCCCUUUGGGCCAAGGGUGGGGCCCGGUUUGAGAGGUCAUCCCAAAGAGCUAGCUCCCCAAAUGACUGAGGGCUGAGUCCAGUUUUCCAGCAGGGACCUCUCUCUAGCGGCAGCCCUGUCUCUUGCUUUGUUUACAGCAAACCUUUCCCACUCUGUACAACCCUAGCCUGCUUCCCAGACAAGGAUUUUUGCCUGAUUGGCACUCAGGGGUGACAAAGGGUUAAGGCAUUGUUUACAUAAUAUCAAACCACUGACCAUCUCUGUGGCUUCUUUUUGCCCAUCCUCAGCAGAUUUCCGAUCACUCCUCCCGCACGCAGGCACUCACGGCAGAGACCUCUCUGCUGCCUCUGUGCCCGAGGGCCUCCAUCACCUGGUAACCACAGCAACCCAGACUGCUACAAAAGAAAACAACAGAAAAAAACACACUCUCUCUCCAUGUACCUUGUUCCCCCCACCCCCCAUUCUGGUUCGAGUCUGUUUCCUAAUGGCCAAAACAGCCAAAGAGCGGGCAGUGGGGAGCUGGAGGAAGAGGAGGGGUCUGAAAUCUGAAGGGCCUCCACAGUGUGGUUGUGAGAAUAGCAGAGAGGCUCUCUGCCCUCUGUUCUCUGGGCAUUGCCAAUAGGAAAAUAUAUCUGGAGCAAGCCUUCUUACCCUUUGAGAAUGUACUGCUGCCAGGAAAAAACAUCUGGGCUUCUGGUGUCGUCUUUUUUUUUUUCCCCUGCCGGGAAGAUGUCACUUUUAGUAGAUAACAAGCACUUGGCUGCCUCGCAUCGCAUCCUGUCUUCCUGCCUCCUUCUCCUCCUCCUCCUCCCCUGCAGACCCUUCCCGCAUUGCCCCCCGCUCUCCACACUGUAGAAGAAGAGCCCGCCAUGGUCCUGUGUCCAAACCCGCAGCAGGGUCCUCGGCCAUUGCAGGUCAUGGUUGGCACUGCCCUGCCAGCCCUGUUGGAGGGUCAGAUGUGGUGCCUGGGCCAAGCACUUAGACCAAGGAAGUCCCCACGGUGAGGCCAGUUGGAAUUCUGAAAUCACCAAGGGCGGAGGCCUGAAGGCUGUCCCGCAAACCUCCAGAGCCUUGGUGGAAGGGACAGCAGGGUCCUGUGGACCUCAUUGGAUGCAGGACUCCAGACUCCUGGGGGUGGAAGAGUGUCCCUUUUGCCCCUCCUUGCCCUAGAAGGACUUAAGGAUGCAGAAUCCCAGCUCCCCCCCCCCAUUUCAGGAACAUCUGGGGCUCUUCCCCUCUGCCGUCCCGGGUGCCCAGGGCUCUUUCUGAGGGAAUUAACAUUUUAUAGAUACGCAUAUAUAUAUAUGAAAGAGUUGUUGAGUUUCCGUACACUUCUUUAAUGAAGAAUUAACAUGUAAAUAAUAGGCAAAUCUGAAAUGCUAUGUGAUAAAGUUUUAUAUUUGAUACUUUUUAGCUGGGCUAGAGUGAGCUAGCUGCUCAACUCCUUUACAGCUUGUUCGGUGAGAGAGAGUGCGAGUGCAAGAUGAGUGAGAGGCAGAAGGUAAGCACUGAAUGGCUUAGGGGUCCCAUCUCACUCUUCUCCCACCUCCCCUCCACAGUACUUACCUCGUGGAGGGGGGUUCUCCCUUUUAUUGUUAAGCACUUCUAGGGCCCCAGUGGUGGAAGAGGGAGGAGGUGCCUGGGCUGAUUGGAUGUUGUUUGUAAGUCUGGGUACUGAGAGUGGGACAGCACCAGCGUGGAUAUCAGCCCGGAGUUUUUAAUUAUUUUCAUUCUUGUGGUGUUUCUCUCCACUACAUCCUGGGUUUGGGCCUGACCCCAUCACCCUCCUCUUCCCUCUGUGGUCCUGAAACUUCCAUUCCACCCGGAGGGAAUUCCCCCUAGGAAUCUGGGACUGGAUUGCGUAGGAUUUUAUAGGAUUAGGGACUGUGGAUCCCAGUCACCUUUUACCUCUGAAAACUGUGAAGGCCAUAAACUUGGGAUCUUGGAAUCUUACCUGUCUCUUUUCUCCACACCCCACCUCCCACCCUGUCCAGUCUCCCACCCCCCCCCACACACACCUCCUGCACCCAGCCUGUUCAGCCCUGAGUACCCAGAAGUAGGGGUGGUUCACCACAGACCCCUUUACCUGAGAGCCAUUAGUCCUUUGGGUGAUUUAAUGUUUACAGGCCAGGGUACGAAGGUAAAGAACAGUUCACAUAGUGCCCAAUUUUCCAUGCUAUUUUGCUAAUCCUUCAGUCUCACAGCCGCGGUCUCUCAGAGCCCUAGGAAGUCACUGCUUCAGCAGAGGGCAAGACUUCUGAAUAAGAGAAGGAUCGAGAGCUGCAGGAGAGGGGUAAGCAGUCACCAAGCAUGAUAAGGUGGGUGUCCCUGGGCUCUUGGAGAAGGACUGAGGGAUUCCAGAGCCUGCCCAAUCAAGGAAGUGGCAAGGCAUGCCAUCUGGGAAUGCCCACCCAAGCGUAGAUUCUGGGACUUAAAUGAAUUGGAAAAUGACUUCUGCGUUCAAAGUUUGCCAUCGCAGGGCUGAGCUAGUGGCCCUGAGAGCAGCUCUGCUGUAUUCAGUCCCCUAAUGACCCUGUCCCACCUCCCACUAAAACCAGUGCACUCGAGUUGACCAAAUUUCCCUCUGUUUUAGUGUUUGAGUGAGACUGGCAUCUACACAGGCCCUUCGGGGUGAGAGGGGGCUGAGCUACCUGGAGAGCAUAGCUUCCGAGAGAGCCGUGGUUCCGUAGACCCUCAUCAGUUCCUCAAAGAGGUUGGGUUUAGGCUUUUCUCAAUCUGUGCUCAUCUAAAGAACUUCCGAAAGGGUGAUGAAGGGGCAGUCUGAAAGCUAACCUCAUUUUAGGCUUUUUGAGGAUUGAGCUGUGAUGAGGGGAGACCCCUAAACCCUGGCUCUGCCCCCACAUCCAAGGGAAAGGUGGGUCUUCCCCAUGGUUUGGGACAACACAUCUUCUUCCCCAAGGAAAGAACGUUGCUCGGUGUCUUUACCACAUGCCAGGAAAUGGGACAAUUCCAGUAACUUCUUAAGUCAGGGUGUCUGUGAGUGAAGAGAGCAUUCACUCACAAAGAGGAUUCAGCUGUUAUUUCAGGGCCCAGGAGAACAGGGUUUAGAACAUUCACCCUCCUAGUUCAUGUUGAGGAAAGUGACACUCAGCUCUGCUUUACUUUCCGGGAAUUUAUCCCUCGGGUCGCCAUGCUUCAUCACCCAGCCCAGGGAGGCUUAACUGUCCGUGAUCACCAUUGGCACUGAACUUUUUCAGGGGGCACUGAACUUUUUCAGCCCCACAGGGAAGACCCAAAGCCAUUAUUUCUCAGGCAGUCAAAUGCUGGGGGUUCUAGGCACACACACCAAGACUGUCUCCACAGCCCGUGGGACCAACAGAUCAGGCAUAUGUAGACAUGUGGCCGAUGUACAUGUGUGAGCAUGGAUGGUGUGUGUAUGUGUGUUUGUACAUUCAGUAUAGGUGCUCACAUGUACACAGACAUUCUUGAAUCUGUCGUUGUCUAGCCAUUAUAGAGUUUGAGAUCUGUGGGGGAAGAAUUUAAGGAAGGAGAGGGGCCAUUGAGUAGCUAUAAAAAUGAUUGACGGUGUAAAUUAAGUGCCAUUUUAAACGCUUUGUUCUUAUUUAUCGAUAUUUGCUCUCUGCAGCUGAGUUCUCUAUCAUCUUAUUAAAAGCCGUAUUCAGAAACACCCACUAGCUGUGCUUAGCAUCUAAGGCUAAGUGACCAGAUUCAAAGAGCUGUCGAUAUUUUCUCGGCAAAAUAUGUGCAUGUUUAAUUCCUAAUUUAGGCUACUUCUGAAUGUGUUUUAAAGUGCUGUAUGGUGUAAUAAAUAUUAAUAAAGUACUUACAAAUGGCACCUUAAUGUUCAAAAUUUCACAAUAUAUUGCACUAUUUUAAACUUCAACCCAGUAUUUGGUCGUGACUGGUGUGUAGGUUCCAGUACAGUAAUUCAAGUAUAAUCUGUGGAUAGGGUGUAAUCGUUGUUUUUCCAGGUUCAAGCAAAACCAGUUUUGCCAAGUGUGGGCUUUUUUUUAAGUGUGCUAUUGCUUUAUCCGGCGGCAUUUACAAAGACUUUGCGAUUUUUGUCCAAGCGGCCUUGAGACCUUUGCUCCUGUUCUUUGGUUUGGUUUGUGUGACAAUCCAGUGAAAUGAGUGGAAGUAUGAUUUUUGAAUUAAAUGAAUUUUCCAUUCGG